AUGUCCGACAUCCACUCUACAAAUGUCAGGACUCUCAGCCGGUGCAUCUGUAUCAUCACAGGAGCCUCUAAGGGGUUUGGACGGGCACUGGCACACCAAGUGUCCCACUAUAUGAAGCCUGGCUCUGUGUUGCUGCUGGUGGCUCGCACCAGGACUUUGCUCCAGGAGCUGAAGGAAGAGCUGCAGAGCUUCACUGGGAACCAGACCCUGGUGGUUCACUGCGUCACGGCUGAUCUGAGCACACAAGACGGCGUGAAUGAGACAGUGAGUGCAGCAAGACAGCAGAGUUCGAAUGAAAUAGAUCAUGUGCUUCUCAUCAACAAUGCUGCCUCCUUAGGUGACAUCACCCCGUUUACGAAUUUCACCAACCUUGAUCAGGUGAACUCCUACCUGUCCUUCAAUGUUAGCUCUGCUCUGGCACUGACUGCAGGGAUUCUGCAGGUGUUUCCACCGAGAGCGGGCCUGCAAUGGAGCGUGGUGAACUGCUCCUCUGUUUUUGCUGUGCAGACCAUGCCAUCUUGGGUGCUGUACUGCACCGGCAAAUCAGCCAGGGUGAUGAUGUUCAGGGUACUGGCUGCAGAGGAGCCAAAUGUCAAAGUCCUCAGCUACUCUCCAGGUCCUAUGGACACGGAGAUGCAGAAAGACAUUCUGAGGUUAACAGGCACCCGUUAUAAUUUAAUUCCCUGCAAGGAGUCUGCAGCCAAACUGAUGAAGGUGCUUCUGGAGAAUGAGUUCACAUCAGGGUCACACCUCGACCUCUUCCAACUGUGA